GAAUGGAGCCCUGAAAGGCUGCCGCCGCCGCAGUGAGCAGGCGAGGGCGGCUCCAGGCGCCUCUCUCUGCCCGCAGGGCCGCCUGUGCAAGCUCCGAGUUGUCGCCGCCUCGGGCUGUGGUUGCUGGGCGAGCGAGAGCGGCCGCCACCGCCUUGUGCCCGCUCCAUUGAACCGGUGGCGGCGGCGGCGGCGGCGGAGGAGGAGGAGGAGAGGCGCUUUCCCCUCCUGCCUCGGAACCUUUCCGGGCUCUGCUUCGCCUCGGAGGGCCUGCGAAAAAGGGUUGCACCCAACUUGCAAGCCAUGCAGACCUCGGGCGCGGAGAAGUUUCCAGAUGGCUGCUGAGCGGCUGCUCCCUGCCCCCCUCCCUCGGCGAGGUUGCUGCUGCUGAAAGCUGCGAUGCAUGUGCGAGUCUGAGCCCCCCCCACCCCAACACCCCACAGGCGCCCUGAAGCCUGGAUGAGCGCCCUGGAUUGACUAGCGGGCGCCUCGUCUCCAGCGUUCGCGUCGCCCCCUUGAUUUCUUCUUCUUUUCCAAUCACUGGUGAAAGUGGAAGGGAAGAUGCAGACCUUUCUGAAAGGGAAAAGGGUUGGUUACUGGCUGAGCGAAAAGAAAAUCAAGAAGCUGAAUUUCCAGGCGUUUGCCGUGCUUUGCAGGAAAAGGGGAAUAGAAGUUAUACAGCUUGACCUUACCAGACCGAUCGAAGAUCAGGGCCCACUAGAUGUGAUCAUACACAAAUUAACAGAUGUCAUCAUUGAAGCUGACCAAAACGACAGCCAGUCAUUGGAGUUGGUUCACAGGUUCCAGGAGUAUAUUGAUGCUCAUCCUGAAACGAUCAUUCUGGACCCCUUGCCUGCUAUCAGGACACUGCUGGAUCGAUCAAAGUCUUAUGAGCUUAUUAGACAGAUAGAGGCCUAUAUGCAAGAUGAGAGGAUCUGUUCUCCGCCAUUUAUGGAACUGACAAACACAUAUGGAGAAGAUACUUUGCAGCAAAUAGAGAAGAGUGGAAUAGCAUUCCCGUUUAUUUGCAAGACAAGAGUGGCCCAUGGAACCAACUCCCACGAGAUGGCUAUCAUAUUCAACCAGGAAGGCCUGAAGGCCAUCCAGCCCCCAUGUGUGAUUCAAAGCUUCAUCAACCACAACGCCGUCCUCUAUAAAGUCUUUGUGGUUGGAGAAUCAUACAGUGUAGUGAAGAGGCCAUCCCUCAAGAACUUCUCAGCUGGCAUUUCAGAUAGAGAAUCAAUAUUUUUCAACAGCCACAACGUAUCAAAGCCAGAAUCCUCUUCAGUCCUAACAGCACUUGAUAAAAUAGAAGGUGUGUUUGAGAGGCCAAAUGACGAGGUCAUACAAGCGAUCUCGAAGGCGCUAAGGCAGGCCCUGGGGGUGUCUCUCUUUGGCAUCGACAUCAUCAUUAACAACCAGACUGGUCAGCACGCUGUGAUUGACAUCAAUGCAUUCCCAGGUUACGAGGGUGUCUCGGAAUUCUUCACAGACCUCCUGAACCACAUAGCUGCUGUCCUGCAGGGCCAAGCGCCGGAGGCGUCCCAGCUCAACCGUAGCAAGCACCUGGCUGAGCAGACCAGCAGCUUAGCAGGAGAGCGGACAUGCUGUGCGAAUGCUGGCUGCCGGAGUGUGGUGGGCAAAGACCCCUGGAUUGUGGACAGCGAGGCCACCACCUCAAUGAAGCUUCAGCACCAGAGACUCGGCUGCAACUCGGCUGUGUCCCCGAGCUUUCAGCAGCACUGUGUUGCCACAUUGGCAACAAAAGCUUCCUCUCAAUAACCCCAACCAGCACCAUGGACCAUGGGGGAGAACCCUAGCCCCAGGAUCAAAGCAGGCUGGUUGGUAAUGCAACUACUACUUAAAAAAAAAAAAGAAAUCUGUAUUAGCUCUACAUGAUUUUUUUGAAAAGGAAAAACCGAAUCUAGUGAUCUGGGUCCACUUCAUCAGAUUCCUGCUGCAGCUCCAUAGUGAUUUUACACACACUUGUGUGUCUGUCUGUGUGUGUCUGUGUGUGCGUGUGUCUUUUUAAACACUAGACCCUUAAUAUGGGAGGAUGGUGGAGAUUUCACCUCGUUUUAUUUUGUUUUCCUUUGUAAUCGUUACUGACCAGUAAACCUCACAGAAUUGAUAAGGAUUAUAUUUGAGAAAAUUACCCAGUUGAAUUCAACAGCCCUUCUUAGCUUCUUCUCAGCUCACUCCAAAGAGAACAGCAAGAGAGAGCGCAGAAUGUUGUAUUGUGCACUGAAAAGAUUCUCAGCCAGGGCAAAGCCUAUAUGACUCUGUUGCCAUUGGCUGAGUUGCUGCACCAUGACCCAAGAGAAACCUGGGGAGGUUCUCUUUGAAUAGGCCUUUUUCUUCCCCUUGAUAGUUCUGCUUUCCCUGUUGUGAGAUUUGCAGGGGUCAGGCAGGGUUGUGACCGCCACUCCUCCCUGAAACUCAUUUUGAUUUAAAAAAUGGGCCAAGUUUUUUACCCUACUGCUCCGUUUGCUCUUUUGAGUUGACUCUCUGGAAUAAUUCCUGAAAAGUUACAUGUACUAAUCUGUAACUCUGUUUCACUGUCUGUCCCUACCAACUAGGAUUACACUUCAACUGUUUCUUUUCACAGAACCUGGUGGUGUCUUGUACAGCCUCUGCCAAUUCCAGCUAUUAUAAAAAAUGUAGUUGGGACUAGUUAGGCCUAUUAAAAGGUUUUGUUAGUAAGUUUAAUGGCUUCUUCCUGUUUGGGACAAUCCCUAAAUUAUUUGAACGAAAACUCUUUACGAAUCUUGAAUUGUUUAGGCAUCAAUGGAGGGGUUGAACGUUCUAAGGUUCAGUUUGCAUACUUACCAGAAUAGAUUACCUGUGUUCAUGGGGAAUGCAUCAAAGUUAAUGUAUUCCUCCCUUUUUUUUUUAAUGGGGAAGGAAGAUGUGAAUCACACAUGCGUGUGGGCAACAUCAUGUAUUAUGUUGUAAUGAUGGUACUGGAGCGACAGGGAAUAUUCAUACUCCCCAGCAGCCGUACUAGAAAGCUCAUGCUUUUUAAGAGAAUGAAGUAGCCUUAAUGUAGCUGUCCCCCAUUGGCGUUAAACAUUCUCGAAUCUUUCGUCUAGAAAGAGAAGCUGGGAAGACCUGCUGAGAUUUUGGGGCAGAGAAAGAGAGAAGAGGGGUGCCAAGAAAAAUUUAUAGUGUAUUGGCCAGCCUCUUUUAGCUGCAUUCUUGGGAAUGCCUAGAACUGACCAUAUUUGGGAAGAAUGCUUGGCUUGCCAUGUAUUUUUAAGCCCUCUACAAAAAUUCUACAGGAAGUAGUAAUUGAUAAGCAUAAACCAUAAAAGUAUGGUUGUUUCUAUUUAGAAAUUUCCACAGAGACAUUCAUUUUGGGUUUCUGUCUCCAAUUUGGGUCAUCGCUGUUCUCAAUGAUGCUUUUCGUUACCAACAGUUGCUGAGAAGUCACUGUAAAAACAGGCAGGGAUUUGCAUGCACAUUUUUAACAAGCAUCAGGCAGGAAUGAACAGUAGGUUGAGCAUGGAUUUGUUGAACUCUUUGAUACCAUAAGCCUCUUGCAAGUUCAUGAUUUUUUUAAAAAUUGCAGUCUGAACUUUAUUGUCAGAGUCCCUUGUUUUUAUGAGCAACACACGCUAGAGCAGUCUUCCCCUGACAAUGACCACCACCCAAAGCAGCUCCUCUUUCUUUUCCCUAUAUCAUUUAGUAAUGCAAAAUGCGUUCAGAUCAGCUCCACCCCUACUCCACUCCAUUGGUUGUUGGGACUGAUGAUGUCAUGUUGUGCCAUACUAAAUAUAACAGGGAGGACCAGAAAAAAAGAUGCAUGGGGUAGUUCCAGACCCCGAUAUCCUCAGGGAGCAACCUACCAGGGUAUAUAAUUUUACUAUGGCAUCACUAGGUUUUGGAUUUUUUUUUUUUUACUAUUUACCUUUCUCUCCCCCCCACCCUCACCUGCCCAGAAAUGAAAUGGCAAUAUUAAAUAAAAUUAGAAUGGAGGGAGAGGUCUGAUUUAGUAAUGGGAGACAUUUCAAAACUAACUAUGUUUACAUGAAUCUGAGUAUUUGAUCCAAUUAUGGUGUCUUUUAUGCUGUUUCCUAAUUUUAACAAUGAACUUUUUUUUUCUUUAAAUGGCUGCCUUCUAAAUUUUGGUUGGCCUGUUUUGCACUGCUUUACUUCUCCAUAAUAAAACUACUGAAAUGUAAUUGUGCAUUUUAUGUUCGUUUACAAAACAUUGCUAAUUAAGCCUAUUUUGUGAAUUCUUGAAAGUCUUAACAGCAACUUCUUAUAAAAACACAGUCCUGAUGUUGACUCUAACCAGUUUAAUUCAGUAGUCAGGUCUAAAAGAAUUUCACCAGUGUCAGCGUUUCAGAUCCUGCAGAUAUUCUGUAAUAAGCACUACAAGAGGAUCGACUGAGAAAUAUUUAACUUUUUUCACAGUCUUCCCUAUAAAGAUCUCAAGUCCCACCAUUCAUAGAACCCAGGUAUACUCAUUUAUAAAUGCCCCAAGUAUGCAGGAUUGCAGAUUACAGACCCUAACAGAAAAGUGAAAUUACAUCAGUACAAAAUAGACUUCUGCGUCUUCAGGCAAUGGUUAUACUACAGCCCUUGAGCCUACAUUAGAUUUGAAAUGACUCAAUGUUUCUUCUCCUUGGGUAGCUUUGUGCAUAAACUUACCACACAGAACAUUCUUGGAUUUUGAUAUGCAUGAUAUUUUUCUUGUAUAAAGUGAAGAUUUUCUAAAUUUUGGAUGGUCUGUUUUGCACUGGUAAGGCUUAGAUUAAACCAGGAAAAGCUGACUUUGUCAAGUGCCUGUUGGAUAGCACCAGAGAAAGCGUAAGUGUGCAUUUACCAAUCCCUGGAGCAGUUUUGCCACUGUUUUCAAAGUAUUUGUGAAUUCGGCAGUGGGGGAGAGGUAAAGGAUGAAAGUGUAUGUUCAUCAUCAGUGUACCUGUUAUAAAAUUUUAAAAACAACUCGCAAGCUGCUGACCAAGGUUGAAGGCUGACAGGCAUCCUUGACUUAGGAAGUAACUCAUUGAUCUAGUGCUCAGCUUUCUGGUAUGUAUAUCUGUAACACAAGUAGCAAAGAAUCUACCAUGACCCUUCUUAAAGUGCCAUCUGCCUUCACCCAGGCAGCAACCAUUUGGCAAGAGUGUAUUUCUAGUGGCCCAAAAUAAGACUCCACCAAUACUUAGCCACAAGGCUGCUGCAUUAUCUCCCUAAUACACUUGGGGGGCAUCAUGCAUACCAAACCCUGGGAAAUCUUUGCCUGGUAAGUACACACAUGAAGCUGCCCUUAAAAACACAUCUUUUUUAGACCUUUGCCUGGUAAGAGCUGAGAAGUUGUGGGAAACAUUCUGCUUUUAGUUCGGAAGAUCCAUUUUGAAGCCUCCUUACUUUGCCCCAUCUAUUCCUACUCCAUCCUUUUUCUCCCCAGGUGUGAGAGAGUACAGUGCUUUGGGGUAUUGGAGAUUUCUGCUGGUAGGUUACUCAGGUUAUAUGAGAUUGUCUUUGUGUGAACAGAUGCUACUAAAGAGUCUCCCCAGUGGCUGAAACCUCAUUUUUCAGUCUGCAGUAGUGAUACUUUCCAGGCUGAUCCUAAACUGGUUGCAGAAAGCCUGGAAGAACUAAAAUCAGCAGCAGGGGAAAAUGCAGAUGCUUGGCUAUUGUCUGCCAUUUUUGUUCUUUAAUCCAGUGCAAACUUCUCGACUGUUAGGCAAAUAUUUGUUGUACUGGGUUCUUUAAACUACAGCAGGAUAAAAGCAGAUUAGGCUUCUGUUGAACCAGCUGGCAAGACUUAGGCCUCUUCCAGAUGGUUGCUUCCCACGCUAUCCGGAAGUGCAGGGUUGAAGCUAAGCCAGCAUCUUGCAAGCUCUUUGCUCUGCAGUCUCCCUAGUUACAUGCAUUUCUGCUACCAUGAUGCAUACUGGCCCUGGUAACUGGACAAGCAGAGAAAGGUGUGCAUCUAGUCAUGGGCGCUUGUGUUCUGAGAGAUUUCCAAAUGCCCCAUCAGCUUUCACACCUCCUUAGGAAAGCGUGUCUGUCUAGUAAAACCUAGCACCUUCAGUGUGACUGUAAUGCAAUUGCCAUUGCAUUGUUAGAGUGGCUCAGUUACGUGUUGACUGAACAGAUAUUCUUUUAAUAUCUGCUGUAACACUGUAGUCUAUUUAUGUAAAUUAUUCGUAGCAAUUAACUAUAUUUUUACAAAAAAAUUAGCAUUUAUGUAUCUUACCUGAAAAAAUGUUGUUGUGUUUGCAGACUUAAAAUCAUAAGGGUUUACUGCCCCGCUUCCCACACCUAUCUUGUUUGUUUGUUUGUUUUUUGAUUUGUUACCCACUAAAUUAAAAGCAUUAACCUUCAAUUUAUCUCCCUCUUUUGAGAAUAGAUUCAGUGUGGGUUUAUGCAGUUUAAAACAUUUUUAUGAGGUGGUGGAUAUUAGCUGUUUAUUCAAUUCUAUUUUUAAAUAAAAGUUACAAGGACCAACCCCCACCCCCAGCAGAAUUUGUAAGAUAAAAUUCGUAGUGGAAAUGGAGCCUUGUUAUCUAUUUCUGCGAUGCGGCUGAUUUUAUUAGUGGACAUCUGUUGAUCACUUUCUACCACAAAGUGAUUUUUCUAAACACAUGAACAAAAAACCUGUUUUUAAGACAAUCUUCAUCACUCUCUCUUUCUGUGUAUAGAAUGUUCUUUCGCUUAUGAUUCCACAAAUUUAUCCAAAAAUAAAUAAUUUGGUUUUAAUCAGCUUUCAACACUCUUCCCAGUACUGUCAACACUUAGUGAAAUUGUUCCAUUCAGACUAUAGGUUUGAAUAUUCUAUGGGAGGGAAAAACUGAACUCAGAAAACUAGAAAAUCGGGUGGGUAAACUUUCCCCUGACAUCUAGGCUGUUGCUUAAUGUGGCAGGAUUUUCGUCCAGUAACAGCUUUAGAGACCAGUAAGAUUUUCAGAGUGGAAGCUUUCAAGAGUCCGAUCACCCUUCUUAAAUGCACUAAAACACCAGCCGUUGUCAGACCAGAUGGUGUCCAGGAACAGGAGCGAGGGGUGUGUGUGUAUACAUAUACAUAUAUACAUACACACGCAUGUGCACCACGCUUUUGGUGGCCCAACCUUGUUUUAGCAGCACACUGGUUGUCUUCUGUUUGUGCAGACCAAGCCUAACUUGAACAAUCUAAUAAUCUAAUUAUUUGUUCUGGCUGUUAAAUUGAAAAACAGGUUUCUGGAUGUGCUGUUUAGUUUAAUUGCUAAAUUACUUAAUUAAAAGCAGAAGGGGUCAUGAGAACGAUCCAUAAUUCUUAAUGGGUAUGGGCACGGGAGGUAAUCAUGUCUUCCUUUUGCCAACUGACCCAUGCCACGUUAACACUUAUCUUCCAUCAUCUCCACAGUAACUUCCUAAUACACAAAAUAGUAUUUCAACAUUGCAAAUAUGUCAGUAUAAAAUAGUGAUUUCUGUAUUUCAGACUCUGUCCAGCCCACAGGAACGGUAGAGGUAUUUUAUCUCUUUGUAAAAAAAAAAAAUGCAGUGCUGUAAAAAUGCAUUAGAUGUGAUUUUUUUAAAAUUAUUUAUUUCUGUAGAUCCUCAGUCCAUGUGCAUCCUCCGAGGGAGAUUCCAAAAUAUUCUGGUUUUACUGGGCUCCUCUUUACCAAUAGUUGAGCAUCAUGCAUUCUCAAGAAAGAAUAUCUUUACAUAAUAAAGAAUGAAUGGUGGCCUUUCUUUGAUGGGAAGGCUCCUGUUGUCAAGAUUUCUGCAUAAAGGAACGGCACUGUAGAGCCCACUCACUGUGGGUUUUUUAAAAAAAUAAUAAUUUUGUGUGUAUGUUGAAGCAUGUUUAGCGUUGUUGAUUCCAGAUCAGAGUUUAACCUAUUUGGGACCAUGUUUUUGUUCACGCUGAGUUUGCUUAACAACAUCGAUGUCCGUACUUGACUGACCCCUACUUUGUAUGGUAUUAACAAGUGUGAGUGUUGUGAUUGCUUUAGCCUUGUUCAUAAAAUUACUUCUAUGAAAAACUAAAUUGUUUUGUAUUUAAUUUGUGUGUGUGUGUGUGUGUGAUACUACAUGCACACACACAUAUAUAAGAUAUAUAUGUAUAUAAUAUAAAAUAAGAAAAAAUUCUGGUCUAUAUAAAAACCAAAAAUAUUAGCUUCUGGGCUUUUUACUCGUACCGCAUGACAAACAUCCUUCCAAAGUAAUACGGCGCUUUUCUUCUCUCGCUUACCAUCAAUUUCAGUAGUCAUUUAUCCCAUUUUUUGUCUUUUAUUUGCCAAAACACCAGGCUUGUGACAGACAAACUGAUUUUUAACAGUAGCAUAAAAUUCACUUAAUUAACAUCUAUUGUUGUUUGUGUCUGUUCGGGAGACAAAAACUAUCCUUUUUCAAACACAUGAUUAAAAACAAAUAAAUGCCUUAUUACAAUGA